UGCUUCUAUACAAUUGCUCCUUUGCUUCUCAUGAACAUAAAAUUAAUUAUUUACUCGUUUGGAUUAUCGAUAAAGAGCAAGGGAAAAGGAACAAACAUUAGCCAGAAUUUUUUUAUUUUCCUGCAGAACACAGCCAUGGCCUCUGCUCUGAUGUGCAUGUCACCAAAACCACCCCUAACAUCGUCUCUCUUCUUUCCUUCCAAUCCUAGCUAUCUAUCUCCACUCAUUUCAAUCCCAAAUCCAAAUUCAAAACCUCCUCAACACCCAAAUCACAGUCAUAGUCAUAGUCACCGCCGCCACAGCAAAAAAUUCAUCCCCUUGUCGUCGUUUAGAAAUGGAAGCAACAGACCCUCGGAAACAGAGUGCCCUGUUCCGGUGGAGCAGCAACCCAUAAACGAGUACCAGAACCUCGCGACUUCCUUCCCCUUCUCAUGGGCCUCUGGUGACUUCGUUGAGUACUGCUCUCGCUUGGUUGCCACCGGUGCUUCUUUUGCCCUGUUUAUUGGCCUCCCCGUUGCCUGGUUCGGUGCUGUUGGGCCGGAUUCUGAACCGCUGAAGCGAUCCCUGUGCGCUGUUUCAAGUGGGAUUCUUGUGGUUACAGUUGCCGUUCUUAGGAUGUAUCUGGGUUGGGCUUAUGUCGGCAAUCGGUUGCUUAGUGCCACCGUCGAAUAUGAAGAGACAGGGUGGUAUGAUGGUCAGAUGUGGGUUAAGACUGCUGAAGUUUUGGCACGUGAUCGCCUCCUCGGAUCCUUCUCCGUGAAGCCCGUGCUGAGCAGAUUAAAAUAUACCCUCGUUAGUCUGGCAGUAUCAUUGUUAGUGUGCAUUGUUUUUCUCGUUAAUGUUGAUGAAACCCAAAAGGGGUCUAUUGGAAAAGAUGGGGUGAGAGUUAUACCUGGAGUUUACAAUGAUGAUUCUGCCAGGUCAUUUGAACCCGACGCAUUUUGUGGUGAACCUGGUGCACCUUUAUGAAAUAAGCAAAGCUCUUCGUACAAAUGCUGUCCACUCUCUAUCCUAUGGUGUAUUAACUAAUACACCCCAGAUGGGUUGUAUUAACUAAUACAAAACUCAUACACACAAGAGAAAAGCCAGAGCCAUAUGGAUUUGGUGUGCGCAAUUCCACCAUCCUUGUCUCCAUCUCAGGUGUUGCGACCAGCGAUGGUCUAUGUUGUACAAACGUUAUUGUUGGAUUCUGCCAUCCGAUCUGCUUGCAUCAGUUCCGUCUCCCCCCUAUCAACCCACAUCACCAAACUGCCAUUUUCUUUCUUCUUGAGGCCCCUAGUUCACGUGCUCUUCUUAAAGCAAGACUUGAACUCUCAGAUCAAAGUGGCACUGUGCUUGGUGUUGGAGAUUGAUGCCUCUCCCAAUCCUAAAUGGCCAAACCUGCGGAGUCGUUUCCUUUACCUUUCCCUUGAAUUUCUGGGUUGUUAUUUAUUUAUUUUUUUUUUAUAACAGUACACGUUAUCCCAAAUUCUUAUAUUAUGUAGAAGUGCUUAACCAUUUAGAACUA